GCUUCAUUCAUUAAUAACAUUCAUUCAUUCGCACCUGCUUAACAACGACUAUAACAAAGUGAACAAACACAAAUAAAAACAACUCUAAACAAAUCUAAAUCUAAAGAGUUCUAAAUCUAAAACAACCAAAACCAAACUUAUGUAAUUCAUUCAACGAGAUAUGAUCUCAUUUUGAAAUAUAAACGAAGUUAACUCGACCCAGAGGUUAAUAUAACAAACCAACCAUUGAGCAACUUCUUCAUCCACAAGGAAGAAAAAUCAGCAAAACCACCAACAAUGGCGCCAUCACCCACACAGCAGGCGGAAGAAGAUGGCGAAGACGACUACAUGAACAUGACCUUCGGCGCCGAGGAGCCGCCCAAAACCGUAGAAACCUCACUACAGCGGCGCCAGCGUCUGCGGCGCGAAGGCGAGAUCAAGGGGCGCGUGCUCUCGAAAGCGGAGCAGGAAGCCGCCGCGCGCCAGGAGCGCGAGGAAGCGCUCUCGCGGUCGAUGCUCGACGAGGCGCGGGCGAAGAAGAGCAAGGGGUUCGCGAUGAUGGCGAAGAUGGGCUUCAAGGGCGGCGCUCUGGGGAGCAAUAGCGCUGGCGUUGCUACCGACGGUGAUGGUGGUGAGGGCGGGCUUCUCGAACCCUUGCGUCCGGAGAUGAAGGAGGACAGGAGCGGGAUCGGGCUGGACUCGGAGCGUAAGAGGAAGCUCAAUGAGGCGGCGGCGACGCAGCAGAAGAAGGUCAAGGCGGAUGAGUACGAGUUCCGCGACCGCGUGAGGAGGGAGCGCGAGCUGGCGAGGCUGGAGAGGCAGUUUUGGGCGGGGAUGAAGGUUUGUGAGCGGAUGGAUGAGGAAGGGGGAGGAGGAGGAAGCGAUAGUGCGAAGGAAUCUGACGACGACGACGACGACGAUGAUGAUGAUGAUAAAACGGACGAGGUGCCGACCAAAAAGAAUAAGAGGACGCUGUCCACGCGACCGCUGGUGUCCAUCCCCGUGGUUUGGCGGGGGCUGAUCCGGAAGCGAGAGGAAGCAGAGCGGGACCGCCGGAUGCGCUACGACCUAGAGCAGAGCAGCCUGCCGCGCUUACCCACGUACGUGGACGAUCUGGAAGACGAGGACGACAAGAAGGCGAUGGGGAAGACGGUCACGGCGUACGUGCCCGUCGAGGACCUCGAGGAAGAAGAUCCGGAGCUGGAGGAGUUCAACGCGCUGGAGGUUGAGGAGAGGUUGAGGAGGCUGGUGGCGUAUCUGAGGAAGGAACAUAAUUAUUGCUUUUGGUGUAAGUGUAGUUAUCCGGAUGAGACUAUGGAAGGGUGUCCGGGUUUGACGGAGGAGGAUCACGAUUAGGGGAGUGGUAGAAUUGCGACUACCUUACCCUCCCGUUCCUGCAAUACAUUCUUAUAAUUUUACUUGGCAUAUAUACUAUACCUAUAUACAUAUUACGAAAGGGUCUUGGUGCUCGAUGCAAAUAUAUCCAAAUAUUCAUACCUGGAUACUAUAAUAUACUACGAUCACACCGAA